AUGAGUAUUAUUCACGACACUUCUCGCCCAAUGCGUGAGAGAAUGGAGGCUCUUGUCAGAUUGAAGCAAAAGCAAAUCACAGAUGCUCUUGCUGCUGUCGACACCGUUGGAUUCCAUACCGACAGUUGGGAGAGAGGCAACAAUGGUGGAGGUGGCCAAUCGAUGGUUCUCCAAAAUGGUACCACCUUCGAGAAGGGUGGUGUCAACAUCUCUGUUGUUCAUGGUACAUUGCCUCCACAAGCCAUUACUCGGAUGAGAGUGGACCACCGUAACUUGACGGCCUCGGCCAAUGGCUCCGUUGACUUUUUUGCGUGCGGUUUGUCGAUGGUCAUUCAUCCUCACAACCCUCAUGCUCCCACCACUCACUUGAACUACCGUUACUUCGAGACCAACGAUCCCGAAACAAAGGAAUUGUCGACUUGGUGGUUUGGCGGUGGAGCUGACUUGACUCCCUCCUACUUGUACGAAGAGGACGCCAAGCACUUCCAUCAACAGCAUAAGGAUGCAUUGGAUAAGUUUGAUCCAGAGUUGUACCCUAAAUGGAAGAAAUGGUGUGACGAGUACUUCUUGAUCAAGCACAGAAACGAGACUAGAGGUAUCGGAGGUAUUUUCUUCGACGACUUCGACACCAAGGACCCUAAUGAGAUCUUGAAGAUUGUCGAGUCAUGUUUCGAUGCGUUUAUCCCUGCUUAUGUGCCUUUGGUGGUCAAACACAAGGACCAGGAAUUUACUCCAGAACAAAAGAACUGGCAGCAGAUUAGAAGAGGUCGUUAUGUGGAAUUCAACUUGGUGUUGGACAGAGGCACCCAGUUUGGAUUGCUGACCCCAGGCUCUCGUGUUGAGAGUAUAUUGAUGUCACUUCCUGCCACUGCCAGCUGGGCCUACGAUCAUCACCCAGAACCAGGUUCGGAAGAAGAUAAACUUGUGCAAGUGUUGAAAAACCCUGUGGACUGGAUCUAG